AUGCCCUCCACGAAAAAGAAGUACAAGCCCGGGGCGAUAGAGGCCUCUCCGACGGAGCUGGCGCUGCUGGUGCACUACGACAAGGAGGUGCUGACCAUCGCCGACGAUGGGAAGACGGUCCUCAGCACGACGAAGGAGCCGGGCGUGCAAAAGGUGUCGGUCGAGACUAUGAUCCAAAAGAGCAUCCAGGGCCAAGCCAAGCUCGAGCAGCUCGCGGCGCUCGUCGUCGAGAAGAACAAGCUGAUCCACCCGUCCAAGACGGAGCUCGUCGUGCACGUCCUCGCCGACCUCCAAGUCCGCGCCGCGCGCGCCGCAGGGCGCCCCGCAGCGGCGGUCGCGGGCCGCGCGGCGGACAAGCAGCUCCGCGUGGCGCAGAUCCAGGACGCGGCGCUGCGGACGGCGAACAUCGACGACCUGGACGACUACGUGGAGCUGCUGUACGAGGACUCGCUGGAGGAGCGGCUGCGCGGGACGGCGCUCGUCGCGGCGCUGUUCCGGCGCGUGGACAACAUCCCGGACCUGCUCGAGCACCCGUCGGUGUUGGGGGCGCUCACGCGGGUGCUGCGCGACGACUUCAAGCGCAGCAUCGACCUCGCGAUCAACGUGGUGAGCGCGAUGUUCGCGAUCUCGCUGUGGAGCAACUUCCACGGGCUGCUCCUGAGCAACCAGGUGGGGGUGUUGGUCCUGGACAUCAUCGACCUGGAGCUGCGGCGGACGGAGGACCGGCAGGUGGAGGACGGCGUGUCGCCGCAGAUGGUCGCGCAGAAGGUCGCGGAGCAGCAGAUGGGCAUCGACGACCCGCGCCUGACGGAGCGCGAGCGCAAGCUGCUGGCGGUGGUCCAGAAGCAGGACCGCCUGCUGUACUACGCGCUCUACUUCCUGCUCAACCUGGCGCAGGACGCGCGCGUCGAGAACAAGAUGCGCAAGCGCGGGAUCGUGGAGUACCUCGUGCGGUGCCUCGACCGCAGCAACGCCGACCUGUUGAUCGUGGUGAUGAUGUUUUUGAAGAAGCUGUCCAUCUUCGUGGAGAACAAGGACGCCAUGCUGCGCGCCGGGGCCGUCCCCGAGCUCCUCCGCUACGUCCCCGUCGGGAACGAGGAGCUCCUGUCGGUCACGCUGCGGCUGCUGCACAACCUGAGCUUCGACGCGGCGCUGCGGAGCGGGAUGGUCGAGGAGGGCAUCGUGCCGCGGUGCAUGCAGCUGCUGAACCAGGCGUCCCUGCACGCGCUCGUCAUGGGCCUGCUGUACCACCUGUCGAUGGACGACCAGGCCAAGCGGGAGGCGGCGUCGACGGGGGCCAUCAAGACGCUGCGGUCCUUCCUGCUCCAGGUCAAGGACCUGCGGCAGACGCCCGAGUUGAUCGCGCUCAUGGUCAACCUGAGCCAGGACGCGCAGUGCGCGGAGAAGCUGUGCGAGGGCGGGGGGCUGCGGCAGCUCAUGCAGCAGGCGCUGGAGACGGGCGACGACCUGCUGUUCAAGGUGCUGCGGAACGUGUCGCAGAACAACUCCGUGAACAUCCGCAAGCAGUUCCUGCCGUACGUGGGCACGCUCGUGGGCAUGGUCAAGGCCGACGUCACGUCCAACGUCCUGGUCGAGGUCCUGGGGAUGCUGGGCAACGUGGGGAGCCUCCCGGGGGUCGACUUCGCGAAGAUCCUGCGCGAGCACGACCUCCUGCGCUUCCUCGCCGCGGCGGUGCGGCCGGACAUGGUCGAGGACGACAUCCUGUUGGAGGUGGUGGUCUUCUUGGGGGCUCUGUGCUCGGACACCACCGCGCCCAUGAUCGUCGAGGCCGGGCUCAUCCCCGCGCUGAUGGACCUCAUCACGGAGCGCAAGCACGACGACGAGUUCGUCCUGCAGAUCGCGUUCGCGUUCCACAAGCUGCUGCUCUUCGCCGACACGCGCUCCGUGCUGCUGCAGCAGGGCGAGGUGGUGCCGUACCUGGUCGACCUGCUCUUCGACCGCAACCGGCACGUGCGGGAGGUGGCCGGGAAGGCCGUGGACACGAUCGUGGACUCGGACGAGUCGUGGGCAGUGCGCAUCCGACACAUCAAGUUCGAGCACUACAACGCGGCGUGGAUCCAGCGGGCGCACGACGCGGGCGCGGUGCGCAUGAUGCGGUCCGCCGCGAACAGCGUCGGCGACGAGUCCGGCGACGAGGACGCGUACGGCAUGGUGAUGCUCCCCGGCGGGACGGGCGAGGCCAUCAUGGACGUCAGCGGCCUCGUGAUGUGA